AUUAUCAAUGGAAAUUAUAGUACUGUUUUUAAAAAAUGCAGUUUGAAAGAAUUUAUUAAAACUCCUUUACCACCAAAGUUGUAUUUUCUUUUAAUUUGGCUUUUAUGUGCCUCAUAGUAUAUAACUGACGCUCAACUGGUUUAAAAAACUCGCGUGUUUUCCAGCUUCAAACUUGUCAAAUGAUAGAAUCCUACGUACCUUGAAUCAGGAUUUUGACGCUCACAUCAAUUAGAUAACAUUAGUAACUUUUGCAAUUGAAAAUAUUAUUUCCUAUGUAUUUUUCAAUGUUUUAAUAAAUUUAGAUAAUAAAAGACAAUAUAGAGAACAUUUAUAAUAUUAUUUUCCGUUAAUUAACAAAGGUAAGAUGCCUAUUAAAGAGGAUGAUCCAAAUUACAGAUCGAGAAUCACUGAAUGUUUUCCAGAAAGUGAACCGAUUAAAGUGGAAAAAACAUGUGAGACAGAUCAUGAGUACUCAGAAGAUACAUCCAAUGAGGUGAAAAAUAUUAUUUCCAAUGACAAUGUUAAUAAUCAAAAUAAGCUAAAGCUGGAUGAAGUCAGUAAAGUUACAGAUGAUGAUGACCCAUGUAAAAAAGCAAGAGAUGAGAAAAAGGGUCCAACAACUUUUACUACGGCAGGUCGAGAUCCAAGGUAUGUAAAUCCUAUCAUAAUCUUAAUUUCCUCAAUAAAGUAUAAAAUUUCCUCUUUAAGUAUAAAAUUAAUAUUGCUUAGAUUUCAACAGCAAAAUCAAACAUUACGGUGCUUCGUAAUGUAUACAGACUUUCAUCGCUGUGAACAUCUACUUGGUACUGGCCACGAAGCAUGUACAUGGUUUAAGCAAGUAUUUACGUCAAUAUGCCCAAUAUCAUGGGUUGAAAGGUGGGAUUGGUAUAGAAGCGAAGGUCGCAUGCCCUGGUCGAGAGCUCGAGAACAAGGAAAGUUUCCUGGUAAUCGUUACGGUGACUAGGACACUAAUAAAUUUUUUAUAACA